AUGGGAGCCCAUGAAUCUCACAGUAAUACAACGGAUCCUUACUACCAUCGGCAUUACUAUCAGUACUAUCAUCAAAGGGAUAAAGAUAGAGAAUGGGCUCGCUAUUGGGGUGCCAAACCCGGCGCUGCUGGAGGCGCUUCUGAUUCGCCUUUCCAAUCGCGUUCACAACAGGAGUGGGGUUUCAUCUUGAAAUGGUCGGCGUUUGCGAUUACCCUGGUUGUUUUGUACAAUGUGGGCUAUUUAAUCCAACUAAGGAAUCAGGAACGUAGGCUUUCCAAGCUGAUAGACGAGCAAGAGAUAGCGAAGUCAUUCAUGAGGCAGCGUGAAUUCCAAGCAGUGCUCUACAUUGCGUUAAGACCUCAAUACCCCCCAUUUGACCUGGACAAUGUCUUCAAUGGGCAUUUGGUCAUGGUCAUGUAUGGUUAUGGUCAUGUUUUGCAGAUGUAUGAGCUCGCCAGGAAGCUCAAAGGAGAUAUAGAUGAGGCAUGGAAGAGAAAGGUGGAAGAUAUGGCUGGAAGAAAUCCUAAUGAAAUACGUGAAGAGUACAGGUGGCUUCGCGCGGUUCAAGAUAGAAGUCAUAAUCGUCGAGUGAGAGCCAACCGAGCAGAAAAACUGAGGAAGGACCAAUUGGAAGCUGAAAGGUCCUAUACUAGAAUGGUCCCUGACGAAGGAGAGGCUAAGUAG